AUGGCGUCCCAGGACAAUAUCACCCCAGGAGCACUGCGCCUCUCUGCCAUGAUCCUCAUGUCUCCCAGGCGAACUCUGACCCCUGGCCUCUUCCUCCUCCUGCUGCCCCUCUUCCUGCUGAUGCUGCUGGCUCCAUUCGGCCGGAGCUACAGCGGGCUGGGUCCGGGCUGCCACCUCUUCCCGUUUAAUGUGACGAUCCGCAGCGAUCGGAGGGGGACGUGCAGGGGCACGCACACGGUGUACGCCUGCGUGGGGUACUGCGAGUCCAGCGCCUUCCCCUCGCGGUACUCCGUGCUGGCGGCCUCCAACUUCACCCACAACAUCACGUCUGCCUCCCGCUGCUGCACCAUCAGCAAAGACACUAAGGUGAAGGUGCGUCUGGACUGUCCUCGCGGCCGUCGCCAUGACAACAUCGAGAUCCUGACUGCACGUGCCUGCCGCUGUGACAUGUGUCGCAAGUCACGCUACUGAGGAGUUUAAGG